AUGAAAUGUAUUGAAUGUUUUGAAAAUAUAGAAGAUUUUGAUGAAAAUAUAUCAAAUAGCUCUAUAAAAGGAAUCGACAAUGUUAUUGUAAGUAAAAAAGAAAAAUCUUUAUUAUUAUCUAAUAAAGAUACUUUAAUUAUCCGUAAUUAUAAAGAGGGCUUAUCUAAUAUUAAUAAUGAAUCAUAUAACAUAUUAUCUAUAGGUAAUUCUGGAAGAAAUAAGAAGGAAACUAUUAUUAAUAAUAUAGAAAAAGUAUAUAAUAGAAAUGUUGUGAAUAAUAUAUAUUCAUCUGAUUUACUAAAUAGAUAUUAUAAUAAGCAAAAGAAUCAUAAUUUAUUACAUUUAGAGCCUAGUGGUAAAUUAUACAAAAAUAAUGAGGAAUAUUUUAAAAUGGCUUUACGAUAUGAUCCAGAAAAAAAUGAAGAUAAUAAAAAAGAUGAUGUAUGUAUACAAAAUGAAAAUAAUGAUAAUAUAAGUAAUGUAAUAGAUGAUGAUUAUUUUUUGAAGUAUUCUAAAUUUUUCAAUAGUAAAUUGAGACCUAAAAAUUUAGAUGAAAUAUUAAAAAUGUUAAAGGAGAAUUUUCUUCCAAAUGAUGAUGAUAAUAUAAUAUUUAUAACAUCAGGAGGUACUAAAGUUCCUCUUGAAAAGGUUGAUAUAAGAAAUAUUGAUAACUUUUCCACGGGAAGAAGAGGAGCACUUAUGUGUGAAUAUUUUUUAAAAAAAAAUAAGAAAGUAAUUUUUUUACAUAGAAGAGGUUCUCAUUUACCAUUUGAAUAUCAUUUAAAUGGUGUAGCAAAUUUUAAUAAUUUAAAUCUUAUAGAUAAUAAUAUUAUUACUUUUAAUUUGAAGGAAGAUGAAAAAUUAAACCUAAUAAAUAAUAUAAAGAAUUAUGAGAAAUAUAAGGAGAAUCUUUUUACUGUUGCUUUUGAUACUAUAUUUGAUUAUGGUUAUUAUUUAUUAGAAAUUGGAAAAUUAUUAAAUUAUAAUAUGAAAAAAAGAUAUGAGAAAUAUUUUAAUAUUAAAAAGGAUUUUGAUAAUAAAUUGGUAGAUGAUGUAUAUGCUAAAAACAUUUUAAAAGAUAUAGUUCAUUUAUUUUCAUCUUAUAAUAAUAUAUUAAAUUGUAAAUAUAAUAAGGAAGGAGGUUUUUAUGAAUUAUUACAAAAAUUGAUUUUAUUUAAAAAUCUACGUUUAGAAAAAUAUAAUAAUAACAAUAGAUGUUAUGAUUUACUAUAUUUUUUUAAAUAUAUAUUUGAUAUUUUAUAUGAUAUGAAUAAAAAGGAUCAAAUUAUAUUAUCAGACGAAGGUAUAAAAGAUAUUAUUGUAAGAGCAAAACUUUUCAUAAAUAAUAUUAAUGGUUAUGUGCAAAAUAUUAGCGAUGAUUAUAUUCUUAAUGAUAUAAAAGAUGUAAAAUAUAAUGUCAAUAAUAAUAAUAUGUAUAUAUAUGAAAAUAUAAAUAAUAUUAAUUUUUGUAAUUCCGUAAAUAUGAAUGGUAAAAUAAAUGAAAAUAUAUCUAAUGUUGUAAAUAAUAAAUCAGAUGAAUUUUUAUUUCCUUCCCAUUUAAUGAUAUUAUGUGCAGCUGCUAGUGAUUUUUAUAUUCCUUUUGAUGAAUUACUUGAUUUUAAAAUAGAUAGUAACAAUUGUCCUUUUCAAAUUGAAAUGCAUUUAACUCCUAAGUUUUAUAAAAUUACUUAUAAAUAUUUUCCAUUUUUAAAGCAUUGUAUAUUUAAAUUAGAAGAUCAGGACGAUGCACUUAUUAAAAAAUCAAAUGAACGACUACAACAUGCAGAUAUGUUAAUAGCAAAUAUAUUAACGCAGAGAAAUAUGUUUGUUUAUAUUUUUAAGAAGGAACAAGAAUAUUUCAAGUUAACUAAAUCGAAAGGAGAGCCAAUUGAAAAUAAUAUAUGUCGUGAAGUAUGUAAGCACUUUUCAAUAAUAUAA